AUGAAACUUGAAGUGUUCUCCGCAAGCCACUUCGUUCAGAAGCCUAUGGAGGUUUGCAGUCACAGUGAUGCGGAAGGUAGCGUCCCCUCUCCCCUAUCCGGGGACGAGCUGGGCUCAGACGGGGACUGCGUGGCCAACAGUCCGGCACCUGCUACCCCGAGCAGCAGCGAUGGCAAGGGAAAGCCCUACACCCGCAGACCCAAGCCGCCCUACUCCUACAUCGCACUCAUUGCCAUGGCCAUCCGGGACUCCGGCAGCGGCCGGUUGACUCUGGCCGAGAUCAACGACUACUUGAUGAAGAAGUUCCCGUUCUUCCGGGGCAGCUACACCGGCUGGAGGAACUCGGUGCGCCACAACCUGUCGCUGAACGACUGUUUCCUCAAGGUGCUCCGGGACCCUUCCAGGCCAUGGGGCAAGGACAACUACUGGAUGCUGAACCCGCACAGCGAGUACACCUUCGCUGACGGGGUGUUCCGUCGCAGGAGGAAGCGCAUCACUAAGGGCCGGUCCGGUGGUUCCAAUAAGGACACCGAGACCCCUGACAUCCAGACACCAGGCGAGGAGACUCGCAUCUCGGCCCCUGCAUCUGUGCCCUCCCGGGAGGAGAGGGUGAUGGGAGCCAAGUUCUCCAGCUCUUCCAGCUCCUUCUCCAUCGAUAGCAUCCUCAGCAAGCCCUUCAUACGUAGGGAGGACAGAGACCACACCGAUAGAGACAGUGCACAUGUCAACCCCGGUGCCCACCGGCUCUACUGGCCCGCGGGUUCUCACCACAUGCUGCCCUACACACUGGCCUACCCACCGCUACCCGCUGUUAUGGCACACGCACAUGCACAGCACUCUUACCCCCAGGUCAGCACCGGCGCGUCACACAUGUUGAACGUGUACAGGUGCAGCCUCGCGGAGCACGCAGAGCACACCAGGGACCCACUCACAGCUCUCCACAUGACGUCGCAGGGCCACAUGCCAAACUCAGAGGCUGCUUUCUCCCCUGUGAAGAUGCACACAGCGCGAGUUGGCAGCUGUCAUCCUUUCCAGAUAGAUUCAUUGCUCUCCUAA